AUGAACAUGCUGCAGGACAGCCACACGUCCAAACACAAUGCCAUGUUGGGCAAGAAAGUACCUCACCCAAAGUCGACGAACUUUGAUGACGAUGCAGACGAAUUCAAGACACCUCCAGCCAAGCGGCUGAAACGCGGCUUAACCGACUUUGUCCAAAGAAGCGCGUCAAAGAUUCAAAAAGAGGAGAUUCCUGAUUCCGAUGAGGACAGUGAGAAUGAGAUUCUCGGAACAGAGCCUCGAGUACGACGAACAGAUCUCGAAACAGCCCUUCCUCCUAUCGAGACGGAUAAAGAAGCAAUCGAAGCCUACGAAGCCUCGAGGGCAGCUGAGCAGGCUGAGCUGAGCCUACAAGAGCGUCUAGACGGCAAUAAAUGGAUCAGAGGCAAAAGCUCGAUAUAUGUGGACGCUUUCAAUCUAGCGUUGGAGACAGUCCUCGAGGAAGAAAGCCACCUCUUCGACGAGGCAGAACAUGCCGUUUUCAAGCAAUGGCAAGCCUUGACCUACGAGGGUCAGUACCUCUAUGUCAGGUUGUUCCUGCGCAAGACAUCGAGCUGGCAUCGCAUAAAUCGUCUUGGAUAUCACAGCGACAUUGCAGAUCUACAGACCGCGAUCGAUGAGCUGCAGGAGGCGAGAGAGCUGCCUGCACCAGCGUCACAGCAGCAGCAAAACCCUGGCGAGCUUGAUCCACCCGUUGGUACAACGUUUGGCGGCAGCUUCACGUUCGCGGACCGCUCGCAGGAUUGUAUCAAGGACCUGGAAGAGGCAUCUUCACUUCUUCUCCUAGACGAGCUAAAGGCAUUUGCAAAGGAUGCCAAGGUUCAAGGGAAGAACAAGACGGAGCUUUUGAAAGCUUUCAGGAAGGCAAGCGGACAACAAACGUCUCUCUCACGCUUUGGCAGCUUGAGACGAUCCGAUACAGAAGAGACUGCAGCCUCGACUGGCUCUGGACAGGACGAUGAUUCGAGCCGGGAGGCAACACCAGGGAAGUUUGAAAAUCGCGAUUCUUAUUUCGUUGAUAAGAUCUUGGCUGAGACUGGUCCUUGCAUUCGCCUUUCAUUACCUACCUUGAGCCUCUUCGAGCGUGUUCACCUUGUCUUCUAUCGCUCCACCGAAUGGACUGAAAAGUCAUUGACCACGAUCAUACUUGCCCGCAUCGCUCGACGCAACUUUCCAGAGUACAUUGUCUCACGAUCAGCUAACAUUUUCGCAUCUCGACAACUACUUCUCGAGUUUGAGGCGGCAGUACGAACACAGUUCCGUGUCGACAACAUCCUCGAAUUCAACGGUACGCCAACGAAGGACAGUUUACAGACCAUUUUGGAUAUCUUCGACGAAGUCUAUCCACGCUGGAAAGUGUUGCUUGCCGAGGAACAACGAAAGGAAGACAGCAUAUACAGCACUGGUGAAGGAGCAUACCUGCGGCGAUUGUCCCCUGCAUGGGUCUACACUCGCAUUGUCCACAAAGCAGCAUAUGUGAUGGGCACAGGCAAGUUCAAAGACCACAAACGCGAGCACGAGAUUCUUUGCGAGCUCCUGGACCAACGACUAUUCCACACCUCACGCCGUGGCGACUGGUAUCAGCGCAAAGCACUCUUAGAAGAACAUUAUAUGUAUCUUCAUUUGCCUUCUCCGCCUGAAUGCAAGGACGAGGAUUCGAGAAAGAAGCACUUCAAGCGCGUUGCUUUUCAGACGUGCGAGGUCGGCCUGCAGGACCAACUGACACACCUCAUCUUCCACCGGGACUUGCAAAAGAGAACGACAAAGCUGGAGAAGUCUUUGAAGAUCCCAAAACGACAGCAGCAUGAUUUUGAACACGUGCGCCUAACCAAGGCCAAGGAGCGUACUUUCGAAGGUAUACGCAUCGAAAGAGAUCGAUCGACGAAUGGCAGGCGGAGUAGUGACCAAAAUGCGAAGCUCAGCAACCGUGGAGCGAAGACGAUCUGGGUGGACCCUGCCGUGAACGUAAAUGCUGCGACUGAGGAGGAAGAGGCCGCCAAAGAACUUGAGGCCGAAUGCAGCGUCGAAGAGAUGUGUCUUUCCAGCUACCGCGCCCUUGGAUGGAAGGGCUACCACAGCGAAGGCGGCGUCCUCCGUACACUCUUCGCCUACCUCUUCUACGACGUCCUCUUCGUCUACAUCCCCAACGUCUUCCAGACCGCAUAUCAAACUUGCCCACUGGACCUGCACAGCGAUGCCUUUUACCCGUCCAGAAUCUCCGAAGUCAACGCUCGCCUGAACGAGAUCAGUAAUGGCGAUGCAGGAACUUUGAUCCAACGCGUAUGGGACGAGCAUUCUGAGCGCAAGACUUGCGUCGUUGGACUUGACUGGACGUAUGCUCUGGAAGAUCUUCUCGAAAUCGCUGCGUGCUUCUCGUCAGCGGCAUUGAGUACAGUGAUGAAGACAAUCGUCCAGGAGUACGGCCAACGUGGAGGUGGGGUGCCAGACCUGUUCCUGUGGAGGAUUGACGAGCACGGCAAGGGUGAGGUCAUGUUCGCCGAGGUCAAGGGCGAGAACGAUCGCCUGAGUGAUACACAAAGAAUGUGGAUUGAUGUGCUCACGAGCGCCGGGGUCCGCACCGAGCUGUGCCAUGCCGUGGCGAAGGAGGUCCAGGUACGCUCAUAA